AUGUGACUGAUCACAUGACGGUGACAUCAUCGCAGGUCCUGUAAGCACACGGUUCCUCUAUAGAUACAGGUUUCUCCAAUCCAGGAUCCUCUGCUGAUAUCUUCUGUAUAAGAGAAUUCUCCUGGAUGACCCAUCAACCAUGGAGAGAGACAGGAACAAGAUGGCCGACAGAAUCAUAAACCUCACCCUACAGAUACUCUUCCGGCUUACUGGAGAGAAUUACAUAGUAGUGAAGAAGUCCUCUAGUGGGUGCUGUCGGGGAAGAACCCUGAGCCCAAUCCCAGGGCUCCCACCUCACUCCAUGAUACAUGAGGAAAUGGAUGAACAGAAGAUUCUAGAACUCAUCAACAAGAUGAUAGAGCUGCUGACUGGAGAGGUUCCUAUAAGGUGUCAGGACGUGGCGGUCUAUUUCUCCAUGGAGGAGUGGGAGUAUGUAGAAGGACACAAGGAUCAGUACAAGGAUCAGGUCAUGAUGGAGGAUCAGCAGCCCCUCACAUCACCAGUCAGAUCCAGUAAGAGAACAGCACCAGAGAGGUGUCCCCGUCCUCUUCUUCCACAGGAUGAUCAGGGUGAAGAUCCGAACAAUAUUAAUGCUCCAGAGACAGAUGUGAGCGGUGAUGAGCAGUAUAAGGAGGACAUUCCUACAGGGAAAGAGAUCAUCUAUAUUAAUGCUACAGACAUAAGGGAAGAAGAAAAGACAGAUUUGAGUGGUGAUGAGCAGUAUAAGGCGAACAUUCAAACAGAGAAAGAUCUAAUCUAUAUUAAUGCUACAGACAUAAAGGAAGAAGAAGAGACAGAUGUGAGCAGUGAUGAGCAGUAUAAGGAAGACAUUCCUACAGGGAUAGAUCUGAUCUAUAUUAAUACUACAGACAUAAAACAAGAUACAGAUGUGAGCGGUGAUGAGCAGUAUAUGGAGGACAUUCCUACAGGUAACCGCCUAGAUUCUUGUAGCAGGAGAUCAGAGGAGAAUCUUAUAUCUUCAGAUUAUAAAGCAGAUGAUGAUAUCACACAAGAUACAUAUGAAGAACAUUCCAUUAUCCCAGAUACAACCUCAGCCCUUCACAGCCAAGAUCUGUCAUCUCAUCCUUAUAUACAGGUCCUGUCUUCUCACUCAUCACAGGAUGUUCAGCAAAAUAAAAGUCAUAGAAGGGGUGUUGGACAUCAGCAAGCUCAUACAGUAUAUAAACCAUAUUCAUGUUCAGAAUGUUGGAAAUGUUAUACUUCUAAAUUCGAUCUUGUUGUACAUCAAAGAACUCACACAGGAGAUAAGCCAUUUUCAUGCUCAGAAUGUGCAAAAUGUUUUACUUCUAAUUCAGGUCUUGUUCAACAUCAAAGAACUCACACAGAAGAGAAGCCGUUUUCAUGUUCAGAAUGUGGGAAAUGUUUUACUUUUAAAUCAAGUCUUGUUAGACAUCAAAUAACUCACACAGGAGAGAAGCCAUUUUCAUGUUCAGAAUGUGGGAAAUGUUUUACUCACAAAUCAACUCUUUAUAAACAUCAAAUAACUCACACAGGAGAGAAGCCAUUUUCAUGUACAGAAUGUGGUAAAUGUUAUACUGAGAAAGCAAAUCUUGUUUAUCAUCAAAGAACUCACACAGGGGAGAAGCCAUUCUCAUGUGCAGAGUGUGGAAAAUGUUUUGCUAAGAAAUCAAUUCUUGGUGAACAUAAACGAACUCACACAGGGGAGAAGCCAUUUCCAUGUGCAGAAUGUGGGAAAUGUUUUACUCAGCAAUCAAGUCUUGUUAAUCAUAAAAGAACUCACGCAGGAGAGAAGCCAAUUCAGAGCAAUAAAUGAUGCAGAUAACACAUCUAUAUAUUAACCAUGUACAUAGGAUAUCUGACAUUUAUACAUAUAUCAUAUACUGCAUCUCCAAACUUGUUCCCAAUUGUUAAUAAAAGUUUUCUUUCUUAUAUGAUUUAUUAUUCUUAUAUUCAUCUCCGCACACUGGACUUAUAAUAAAUGUAAUAUUGUCCCUGAGGUUGUAUAUAGGGAAUGUAACGCGUCAGUGUUGUCCCCGCCCCCUUCUCAUUAUGAUUAUAGAGACUUUAAUUCAAGGCAUCAGACAGGAUCCGCGCGUCUCCCUUGAAGAUCGUCUCUUCUGAACAUAAGACGCUGCAGAUACUUUUAUUUAUCACAAACCCUAGACGAGCGUUUCCCGUCUUGACGUCUAUUUUCGGUCUCAGAUCAUAGAAUCCAUUUUUCUAUAUGAGAAGUCGUCAAUAUCUCAGCGUCCCCCGGGUUCAGUAAACAUCGGUGUAAUUCUUUUCCUUUUCUUUGUCCUCCCCGGGGUAUAAAAUCCCUAGAGAUCUGAUCACAUCUGGUACAAGAUCUCUUUACUUCACACUUUGCGCCAUUAUUACACGGAUUGAAGACCCAGUUACACGCUCGUAAAUUCCCAUAUAUGUCGUGGAUUGGAAGGAAAAAGGUUCUUAAAUCUUAUAUUUACCAAUAAUAUUUUAUAUUUUACAGUCCGUCCCUAUCAUAGUACGGAAUUGUUAUUUUUCUUCUAUCCGAUGGUUAUUUAGUAAUUUUGUUAUGAUUCAGAAGAGACCACGUGUCCCGUAUAGACGCUCACCCUGAAGACAUUAGACGGCGGUUUUGUGUUUCCGGAUUUACACACUUAUUAUAAAGCUUUUCCUUCGUCUGGAUUAUUAGAGCUCGUUCGCUCUUCUUUUUCUCAUCCUCCCCUUUAUAUUCCUCCUCAUGUGGAUAUGGAAUUCUCCUCAGUCCCUCCUUCUAUAGGGCCCAUUUUGUGGCCCCCGCACUCCUCCUUGGCCUCUCUAGUUCUUUCCUCUUUUAUAUAUAACUUUGUCGGUAUUACGAGACUGCUCUACGACUGAUUCUGAUUUCCCUUCCCCCCUAACCCCACUUUCUUUAUUCCCUAUGGUUAUUACUAAACACAUUUUCCCUCUUCCCCUUUGUGGGAACGUUUACAUUCUUUUACGUUACGAGAUUUAUAUUCUUCUACUAAGACUUUGGCCAUAGAGGAAUCUCAGGCUUUCUGGGGUUUUAUAAGUAAAUUUAUCUUUACUCUCCAAUGUUUUAAGCGUUAUACUAACAUACGUCCCUGAAAUUGGUUAGAGAGAUUGUAUUUAUUCCCUAAAUAAUAAUAAUAUCUAAGCUUUAUUCUUAUCUGAUUUCUUCUGCUCCUAAUAGUAACCAAAAUGCAUCUUAUAUGAGAAGAGGAGCUGAAUAUCCAACUCUCUGAAGAACAGUGCGGAUUUAUCUCUAGCGCUCACGUGGCUUCUCCUCCUGUAUUCGUAUACAGGAGAGUUUAUAUAAGUUAAGUCCCGCGCCCAGCCGCCUGCACCAGCCGCCAGCGCAGUGUUCACUUGUCCCCGGCUGUCGGCGGGGCUGGGAUUCGCAUUGCGGGACGCGCCCGCAUGCGAGUCCCAGCCCGUCACUUACUCUGUACAACUGCCGCCUCCUCUGCUGUGUUUCAGCUCUGACACAUGCAUCCCCGUCUCCUAGGGCACGCAUGCGCUGGAGCUCUGAAAUUUAAAAGGCCAGUAGGCUCAUAAUUACUGUUUGCACCUGACACUAUCUUAUAAAGUCCCUGCACCUCCCACACUUCCCUGCCGGAUCUUCAGUGCCCCUAGCCUGAGAUUAAGCGUUCCCUAUAGCCUGUUUGCCUUGCCCGUGCAUCCAGACCUUCCACUACAUUAUUUGACUCCGCAACUUUGCCACCUGCCAUGACCUUCUGCUAUGUUGACUACGCUACUGCCUUAUCCUCCUGUACCUCGCCUUGCCCAGCUACCUGUGUGGUCAAGCCGUGUCGGGGGUAGCGAACAGCAAGCCCAUCCUGCCUUGCGACUGGCUCUGGUGAAGACCAGGAGCACCUUAGACUCCACUUCCGAUACGGUCAGAGUCAUCAGCCACAAAGGUUAGAGGAUCCACAUCCAGCUCCGUUACAUAAGUUAUAUUGUCGGGGGUUUGGUACUCCUCCUCUCCUUUUGCCACAUGGUAUUCCAGAAUCUUCUCAAUGUUGGAGGUGUGGGAGUAAGUUGUGGACUCUUUUACAUAUACAGGGGUCUUGCUUGAAAAUUUUAUCUUUCUGGUGGGAAGAUAUUUCUAUUACUGUAUAUACUCGAGUAUAAGCACAUUUUUUCAUGGUGACAAUUCCCCCCCUUGGCUUAAACUUGAGUGGAAAAAAAAAUUAGUACUGACAUCAGUCCAGGCAUACAGAUGGUGGUGGUCUGGGUUGUCCAUCUUCACCGGGAGGCCCCCCUUCUUCGGUCCAGCCUCGGACUCAUCCAUGAUAGGGACUGUCUUCACAGGGACCGUCCACAUACCAGUGGGAAAAGUGAGCUGAUCUGGUCCAUCUAUCCGGCCCCUGACUAGUGAUGCUGGGGUAGGGUCACCGCCAUGCAGGGAUUCCCCUGACGUCACGGACCUGUCCCUUUCCAGGCAACAAGAAAAGACCUGCCGCCACCGAGAGCUACAACUGGGGAGGUGAUUAGACGAUAAGAGAGGGAUGGAUGAUGACAGGAAAAGGGAUGGGUGUUUGUUGCAGUGGGUGAUGAUAGGCUUAUACUUGAAUUGUUUUUUCCCCUGGUUUUUGUGGUAAAAUUAGGGGCUUUGGCUUAUACUCCUGUAUAUAUACGGUAUUUUCUUGGUUACAACAAAAAGAGAUUAAUUUUACUCUGGAAAUGGUUCAACUUGCGGUUACUUCUUGAGAUUUCUGUUCUAUCUCAACUUGCUGAAUCACACACCUACUAUUGGUGACUAGACGCUUAUUCCGAUAUACUAGAGAUCUUCUACCCCCCUCCAACCAUCGGCGCAAAAAAAGUUCCCAGUUCAAAAUUUUAGAAACCUGUUUCAUGGCAAAAUUUCUUGAGCAAUUCCUUGAGAACCUUUUCAUUAACUAAUUGGUUAUUACGUUUUAUGCUAGACGUCAGGUUUAUCUGUUUCUUUUCCUAUCUAUUUCUAUCUUUCCUUUUUUUUUUUUCUAAAGAGUUUAUUAUUUAGAGUCUGUAAUUUCUGUAUUAUUGCAGCAAUAUGAAUAUUAUUGUGGUGUAACGAUGAUUUGUUACUAUCACGCAAUGCAAAUUAUUUAGGAAAAUAUGGGUUAAUCUUAAAAGAAUUUGUCAUAUAAAAAAUAAUCUUAGGUUUACACCGGUGUGGUUUAACCCUAGGUUGAAGGAAUUUAAUGAAUUUCAAGAUAGUGGUUCUCGGAUUAAGGUCGGGGUAAGAUUAAUUGAACACAUUUUUGUGAAAGGGAAAACGUGCACUUUUGUACAAUUAAAAGUAAGAUGGAAUCCUAUAGAUUCAGAUAUUAUCAAAUAUAUCACGUGUAUAAAUGCACUGUAGAUAAAACACUAUUUCAGGUUGAUUCACAUAAUAUUAUUGAAUUUUUGGGGAAUGGGUUCUAUAAUAAAAAAGAUAUGACCCAAAUAUACAAAAACUUAUUGGUGGAAAUAAACAAAGAGAAUUUACAUAGAGUAGAAGGGAGGUGGAUGAAACAAUUUCACUGUAAAAAUGAAGAUUUUUAGUGUUUAAGAAUGUUAAUAGGGUUUCAAUUAAUAGGGAUCACAGUUUUAUCCAGUGGAACAUUUUGUGGAAAACUCACCUGGCUCCGGUUGACUUGGUGAGAUUUGGGUAUAGGCUUGACGCAGAAUGCCCAAGAUGCCAGCUAAAUGAGGCGGAUUACACCCAUAUUAUUUGGGCGUGCAGAAAAAUUCAGAAAUAUUGGGAAAGGAGAUAUGAAGAACUUAAAAAGAGAUUGGGGAUAGAUAUAGCAUUUAAAUUUGAGGUAGCUAUUUUGGGAGAUAAUACGGAAAUAAAUAAGAAUUCAGAACUUUGCUUGAAACUCC